CAGGGAUUGGGAGCAAAUUUGAACAGAACUGCUCAAUUCAACAGCUCCUUCCUUCUGAAAGAACUCCAUCAAACAGAUCCUUUUUUCCUCACCUGCAAUGGCAGUCUUGACGGGCUACCAAAGGACAGUAUGGCUAGCUAUACACUGUUUGCAAAUAACUCAAUCCAUGUUGAUGAAUGAUGACUUUUUCCUCACUUGGGAGAGACCAGAAACCGCGGAUACCAUGAUGAAAAGGUUACAUGAUGAGGUUAUGACUUCAAACCAUCUUUUCACUUCCCGGGUGCCUGGAAGGUGGGCCGAUAUCAUGAUUUGGAAGCAAGAACCAGUCCAUGAUUAUUCAUCGGAGGAAGAUGAUCAUUCAAUCCGGGGAUAUGAAUCGCCUUAUGCCUAUCGCGAAGAAGAAGAAUCAUCCGAAAGCCGGGGUGAGGGUCAAAAUGAGAAGGAACAUCACAAAAAAGCAGGACUUGCGGAAUCUAUGGCUCCUAACGAAAAUGAAGUACAGAAUUCAAAGGAAGAUCUGGAGUUUCUGAGGGAAAGGCUGGUGAUGUUUAUAGAGGAUACCUAUAAACUGAAAGGAAAUCACCCUGAAGCUGCUCAAGAGUUACUUGAAGGAGCUGAAGAAUUGAAGAUGAUUCACACACUCAUGUUAGAGGAUAUCAAAGAUUUGCCAUUAAGUGUUGUUCAAGAAAACCCAUUGAGCAUUUCUGGGAGAAAGAUGUAG